AUGGCGUCGAAUUGUGUUGGCAUGCAAUGUAGGUUUUUGAGUUUGUCUUCUACGCGUUAUGGUAAAAGAAACUUCAGAAAGUUUUUGUUGCACAAUAAAAGAGGCACAAGAUUAUUCAAGAAAGCGCAAACAGAAAAACCAGAUCCUGACAUUCCCAUUUACCAUUAUGGUGUACGCCCCAUUGGAUAUAAGAAAGACAACAGAUUUAUUAUGGUGCCCGAAAUGAUUCCAGAACUUAUAGUACCAGAUUUAACCAACUUCAAGGUAACAUUGUUCAAAAUGAGGGGAGCAACAAAUUUUUCACAGUUAAAACCUUACGUGUCUUAUGCGGCUCCGGAUGUCAUACAGUCGGAGUUCACAGCCCGUGACCUGUUUGAUGCAGUGUAUCGCAGGAAAAUAGUAGAGGACUUCAAAAAUGGAAAAUUGGACUCCUCCGGAAAUCCUCUAGAGCCAAGUCCUGAAGAGGCGUUGACUGCUGAUGAAGCAAAGAAUAAAGCAAGAUCUGUUGGAAAUGAUAUUUGUGGUGAACUGCCAAGAAGUGCCAGAGAGUAGGAGACUUGUUACAUUAUGUGACUUGUAACACACUAGGUAAUCAGUAUUUGUAUAGUAAGAAUGUCACUGUUAAUACACAUUGUACACAGGCACCAAAAUAAAGUUAAUAAUUUG